UCCGCUCCAUUAUGAACUGGCAAAUAACUGUUCACAUUGUGGACUUUUGAGGCCAACUAUCCAAUAACAGGACAAUGGAACAUCCUGCUAGGUAAGUCUUGAGACAAAAACAUAUAAGCACCCUUUGAAAGGCUUUUUCUGUAUUUACUUUAGAGUUGAUGGCUUUAAAUCUUCCUGGAGACGUUUGCCAUCUCAUGUCUCUCAACACUGAAGUGUUAAAAUCUAACCCUGUUACAAUGCGGUGAACUUGACGUGUCGUGUCGACUCAGUAACAGUGAUUAAAUUAGCGCAAGCGGUAAUAGAGGUCGUCAGUAGAUAACCUAGAUGUCUUUCUGCAUUGAUGGGCAUGGUCGGAUCGUGUCGCCGAGGAGACUCAGCUAAAACAACACGGAAAUCUAGCUAAGAAGUAGAGUUUCGACAAAAGGCACAUGAUUUAGCGGAAAAGGCAAGUGAACACCAAAAUGACGCCAUACAGUUUCAUCUUACGGUCAGUGUGUCUAACGAAUCAAUUAGUCCUCUUCAUUAAGGGAUAAGUCUAUAGCAUACGUCGUUACAAACGUUUCGGGAAGGUUUUAAGCGUGGAUUUCCGAUGUGUUAGUUUUCGGUGGCGAGUGGAGGAGUGUAAACGUGAAGACCAAAGUGUUAUGGUCACGGAAUCGAAGAAGUAAUCUGCUGCACGGAGGUCUGCAAAGAGGCGAUUAAAAUACCACGGAUUAUCGAGGAUACAAACACAAAUCGGGUUAUUUACACGUCUUAUUUAAUUACUAAAAGUUAUGGACUUUGAAGCCGCAAGAAGAAAUGCAGACGAUAGACUUACUCAGGAGCUCACCAGGAUCCGCAACCUUCCUAAGCGAAGCAAAAUCAAAAUAGCUAACAAAUACGGCUUGAAACAUGCGAGUCACACAAAUGCAGGUCUGCUAAAAUCACUCGAGAUUGACUUGAAUGUUAUAUCAAGAGAGCAGAGAAGAGUAGCUAAUGAAUGCAAUAAAAGACAGAGAGAAUUUACGGAAGUUCAAAGGAAAUCUUUGUCAAAGUUUCUUCCUUCCAUUGCACAGGAAGAUGGGGGAGAAGGGAAAUCAACCGUACAAGGAAAGACUCAAAGACAACGAAAGACCACAGCUGUUAUUGAUCAGACACCCAUGUGGUUGAAAGGUCGAAAGGAGUCCAUCUGUGAACUGAAAAGAGAAAUGCUUCUGGAUAUGACGGCACGAAGCAAAGAGAAGACAUAUGAGAUUAUUUCGAAGAACAACAAAAAGACUUCCAUCGGAGCACCGUUGCCCCCAAUUCGGGAUAUUGAAGUCGAGGUUGAUAGGGAAGCUUUGAUUACUCGAUUGAAUCGUCAACGCAAAAAUGCUUUUGCGGGAAGUUGUUUUCCAUUUUUGCUGGCAGAAAACCAGGAAUAUAACAGAGAGGGAGUUAAAUAUCCAAGAAAAAAGCCUUAUCAAGAUCAACGAGAACCGUCUUUGCCAUCAAACUACGCUCAGGAUAAUGAACAAGACGAUUUUCGAAAAAGAACGUAUAGAGGAACAGUUUAUGAAAAGAUUCUUAAGAUUCCUGAUCCUUCUAAGAUUCCUCACUUAGAUCCUAGAGAUCCUAAACUUUAUCAUGUCGUCAUGAAAGCGCGAAAAAGAAAGGUAUCCAAGUUGGAACAAGCUGAUCAUGUUGUAGCUCGCAAAAACACCGUGUCCACGAGGCACUGGAAAUGAUGACGACGAUUUCUACAGCCAAAAUGGUUUUUUUAUUGAGUCAAUUGAAUAUUAACACGACAUAUCUGCUCUAUUUUGCUUAAAGUUACACGCGGCUGUAAAAUCAAUUAUUCAAGGAUUUAGCCUCAGUGUUUGUUUUACGAGGAAAUCGUUCACGGUUUGUUUGGAUAGUCUGCUAGGGCGCCAAAGAAAUGAAAGGAAAUCCAUUUUUAACAUUGAAAAUGCAUCGUAUUUCUUUUUUCCUUUUUUUUUUUCCUUCUUAUAUAAAUCAAAUGGAGAUUUGAACUAAUAGUUUUUCUUAAAGUUAUCAGGAUCAACGAGGAAGGAAAGAUGAUGACAAUAAAAAAUUCAAAUAUCAAAGGUUUUAAACUAAAAAAAAAAUACUGCGAAGUUGUAGUGGACGGUUUACAUAUUGGAUCCAAAAUAUGGUUACUGUAACAUAUUUCUUUUAGCGCAAGGAAAUUUGAUCAGGAACCUGUGCGGCCACUAAUUUGUUUUCGGUGAAAUUCAACCCAAACGCUUCACUGAUGUUGUUUAUUGGGAAAACAGUUGUGUUUUAUUUGUCUUUUGAAAAUGUGUAGUUAGCUUUUAUCAUAUCUCAACAAUCAAAAGUUUUUUUUACGCUUCUUUUGGAGGAAAAGAUUUGCGACGAAAGCUUUGUACUUUUGAUAGGCUCGCAACGCGUAUUAACUAAACCCGCGCCGUUUUGCUCAGGCGGUUGAUUCUCGAAGGAAGUGAACGUAUGUCGUGAAAAGGUAGCGUUUUGCGCCUGAAUUAGCCUUUCCGCAUCAUCUUUCAACAUAUAGUGAGCUGAGCAGAAAAGAGAGACCAAUUGGGUCUGUAAUCAUGCAAGUGAUUAACAAAAUCGGAUGACUGCGAAGCAGUCAUGUUAACUCGGCGGAAUGCGAGACAAAAGCGCGCGCAAAUGACGCUUUCUCUCCACUUACACAGGUAUGACGUGUUAACUGUUCCUUUAACUGCCCUAUUGCACCGUCCAAUUACAAACAUAACGCGUAAUCUGCCCUAUUAGUGUCUAAAUUAAAUCGGGCUGGUGAUAUUCAGUUACGUUCCAGAA